UUAGGCGCAAAAAGUAGAAGCGAAAAUUAGAGGAAGAGAGCUUGUGUACGUAUCGUUUUCACAUUUGAUGAUUUUUUACAACAACAUUGACGAAAUAUCGGACAAAUCUCCGAGGUUUCGCAUCAAAUCUUGAUAUCUUGAUUGUUCCAACUGAGAUACGCCAAAAUAUACUGUGAGAUUCUCACACGGAGCCAUGGAGAAGUCGCAGAAGAUGCCCAAGGUGGCGAAGGUGAAGAACAAGGCGCCCGCGGAGAUACAGAUCACCGCCGAGCAGCUGCUUCGCGAGGCGAAAGAACGCGAUUUGGAGAUUCUGCCCCCACCUCCGAAGCAGAAGAUCUCGGAUCCUCACGAGCUUGCCGAUUAUCAACACCGAAAGCGCAAAGCGUUCGAAGACGUUAUACGCAAGAACCGCAUGAUCAUUUCCAAUUGGAUGAAGUACGCGCAAUGGGAAGAGAGUCAGAAACAGAUCCAACGAGCGAGAUCCAUUUACGAGCGAGCGUUGGAGGUGGAUCAUCGUAACAUAUCUCUGUGGCUCAAGUACACGGAGAUGGAGAUGCGCAACAGGCAGGUCAAUCACGCCAGGAACCUGUGGGAUCGCGCGGUCACGUUGCUGCCGCGAGCAAAUCAAUUUUGGUACAAAUACACGUACAUGGAGGAAACUCUGGAGAACAUUGCCGGUGCGCGUCAAGUGUUCGAGCGUUGGAUGGAAUGGGAACCGGACGAACAGGCCUGGCAGACGUACAUCAAGUUCGAGCUGCGCUACAAAGAGAUCGAUCGCGCCCGACAGAUUUACGAGCGCUUCGUUAUGGUACAUCCGGAUGUGAAGCAUUGGAUAAAGUACGCGCGCUUCGAGGAGUCUUACGGAUUUAUCAGAGGCGCGCGAAACGUCUACGAACGAGCGGUUAACUUUUACGGAGACGAGGGUCUGGACGAGAAGUUGUUCCUGGCUUUCGCCAGGUUCGAGGAGGGUCAGCGGGAACACGAUCGCGCUCGAAUCAUCUACAAGUACGCAUUGGAACAUUUAUCCAAAAGCAGCAGUCAAGAGAUUUACAAGGCUUAUACGAUUCACGAGAAAAAGUACGGCGAUCGUUCGGGAAUCGAGGACGUGAUCGUAAGCAAGCGGAAGCAUCAGUACGAGCAGGAAGUGAAGGAGAAUCCGUCCAACUACGACGCGUGGUUCGAUUAUCUGAGACUGGUCGAGUCCGAAGGUAACGUCGACGUGAUACGGGAGACGUACGAACGAGCGAUCGCCAACGUGCCGCCCACCAAGGAGAAACAGUUCUGGCGAAGGUACAUCUAUCUUUGGAUCAAGUACGCGAUCUUCGAGGAACUUGAAGCGAAAGACGUCGAACGUUGCCGUCAGGUUUACAAGGUGUGUCUGGAACUCGUACCCCACAAACGCUUCACAUUCUCCAAGAUCUGGUUGUAUUACGCGUACUUCGAGAUUCGACAAAAGAAUCUCGCGAAGGCGAGAAAGACGUUGGGUCUGGCGCUGGGUGUCUGUCCGACGGACAAGCUCUAUCGUGGCUACAUCGAUCUGGAAACGCAACUGGUCGAGUUCGAUCGGUGUCGCAAGUUGUACGAGAAGUUUCUCGAAUUCGGUCCGGAGAAUUGCACCACGUGGAUGCGAUUCGCCGAGCUGGAAACGCGUCUGGGUGAGAUAGAUCGCGCCCGCGCGAUCUACGAGUUCGCGGUCGCGCGGCCGCGACUCGACAUGCCGGAGCUGCUCUGGAAAUCGUACAUCGAUUUCGAGAUCGCUCAGGGCGAGGCGGAAAACGCCCGUCAGCUGUUCGAACGUUUGCUCGAACGCACGUUGCACGUCAAGGUCUGGAUAGCUUACGCCAAGUUCGAGCUGCUGAACCCGCAACUGGAGGACAGUCCCGACAACGUCGCUCUUGCCAGACGUAUAUUCGAGCGCGGCAACAACGCGUUGAGAAACAGCGGCGACACCGAGAGUCGAGUGUUGCUGCUCGAGGCUUGGAAGGACUUCGAGAGCGAAAAAGGCACGUCUGAAACCCUCGCCAAGAUCAUGGAGAAGAUGCCGCGCCGAGUGAAGAAGAAGCGACGCAUAGUUGACGAGGACGGCAACAACGACGGUUGGGAGGAAGUGUUCGACUUCACGUUUCCGGAGGAUGAAUCGCAAAGACCAAACCUCAAGAUCAUGGCCUUCGCGAAGGACUGGAAGAAAGAGAUGGAAAAAUCGCAAUCUUAAGGAUAGUUGCGUAAUCAAUAUGUGUAAUGUAAAAAUAAUCACGGAACUCUGCGGUUGUGUCCUGCGUCGGAACAAACUUUGAACAAACAAAAACGAAGAGAAGACCGACGCGAUGAUAAGAAAAAGUCGAGGAUGGAGAACUGAUUUUUCCUCGUCGACGCACUGACUCAAUCUGAUGAUACAUUUUUAUGGUAUUGUACAUAUAUAAACCCUAUUUUAUAUUAUAAACAUUUGAGGGACUGUUGUGAAUGAAUCACAUCAUAAAAACUGGGUUUGCUUCAUAUGUCGGUUGAUUACAUGUGAAAACUGUGAUACUCUGUUAUCAUGAAAAUUUUCUCCAGAGAGAAAAAUUCUUUUUUUUCUUUUAAACAACUGCGAUUACGACGCAAAUGACAAAACGG